AUGCAGGACCCGAUGCCCACAGUUCUUACACAGAUUUUAGCGCUUAUCGCUGGUUUCUGGGGAGAUCGCUCAAGGACAGCAGCCCAAAACAAGUCUACCUUGUUGAAAUUAGGUAUAACUCACAUAUUAAAUGCUGCUCACUCCAAGCGUGGCAGCAUAGGGAACCAAAGCUUUUAUGGCAACGACUUUGUAUAUUGCGGCAUUCCAGCAGAAGACUCGACACACUUUGACCUGGAUGUGUACUUCCAGCCUGCUGCCAAUUUCAUUCAUGAAGCUCUAAAGGCACCUGAUGGGAAAGUUCUGGUGCACUGCAUCAUGGGAAUGAGCCGCUCCUCUACCUUGGUGCUGGCGUACCUCAUGAUCUAUCACCACAUCCCGCUCAAGCUGGCUCUGCAGAAACUGAUCCAAAAGAGAGCCAUCUACCCCAAUCGCAAUUUCCUGGCUUUGCUGUUGGAUCUGGAUCUUCAGCUGAUGAGAAAAAAGAAAUCAUGUCAGAUCCUGUAAUCA